UGUCUCCCUCUCUGUCCCCCUCUCUGUCUCUGUCUCAUCCAGACACGGUGCUGUUGUUGAUCCACCUCGACCUUACAGCAAGAAGGUCACUGGUUCAAUCCCCACAUCUAACUGUUCUCCCUGUGUGUGUGUGUGUGUGUGCUCCAGCCCCCACCACCCUGAGAAGACCACCAGUGACCCAGUGACCCUCUGGUUCUGUUUGACCUUUGACCUCACCUUGACACACACACACACACACAGUCUCGCUGUAAGAAAAGUCCAGUGACUGAGUUCUAAACUUUCAGUCCCAGCGGGUCGUCGGUUCAUGUGGGGGUGGGACUAACUGACAGAGAACGAUGACAUCACUGUUCACUGGUCAUGUGACAGCGGCGGAUAAACACAGAGAGACGCAGGUGUGAGUGCUGCAGAGCUGUUGGCCCUCCGGUGGUGAGCGGCAGCCACUGCUCCCAGAAGGUCCAGUCAUGUGACUUUGUUUGGUCCAAUUUCACAGAACACGCUUGUCUGUGUCCGUGGCAGAUGGUGUUCGAUUCCCUGGGACAUGUCGUCCUCUGCUAACGUCACUCGACUGGCUGUGGUGGAGAGAGCCGCGUUGGCCACGCUGACCUCGCUGACCGGCUUCGUCUUCUUCUGCGUCAACGUCACCCUGAUGGUCACCCUGAGGGGCAGGGCCGUGUUCCGUGACACGUCCCGUUACGUGCUGCUCUUCAACCUGCUGUUCGCCGACACGCUGCAGAUGUCCCUCAGCCAGCUGCUCUACCUGCUGUCCGUCUUCAGGGUCCUGCUGACCUUCCCCGUCUGCGGCUUCAUGGUGAUGCUCAGCAACGCCACCAGCGAGAUCUCGCCGCUCACACUGGUGGUCAUGUCUCUGGAGCGGUACGUGGCCGUGUGCCACCCGCUGAGGUACGGCGUGAUCGUCAACAACAAGAACACGACGGCGGCCGUGCUGGCGGUCUGGGCCGCGAGCUGCGUCAACACGUUGGCCCGGGUCUUCCUGUUCCUGGAGAUUCCCUUGGCACUGGACUCUCUGCAGAUGAACGACUUCUGCAGCUCCACCGUCAUGUUCCACAGCCCCUCCAUGCUGGAGUACAACAAGGCCUACACCGCUUUCCUCUUCCUCUCCUCCACCGUGACCAUCGUGGCCUCGUACGUGGGCGUGAUCAUCGCCGCCAGGUCGGCGUCGGUGGACGACUCCUCGGCGAGCAAAGCCCGGAACACGCUGCUGCUGCACCUGUUCCAGCUGGGCCUCAGCCUGAUGUCCACCAUGGCCAACGCGCUGCUGGCCGCCAUGUACAGGGUCCUGCCCAGGAGGGCGCUGUUGCUCGCCAUGAACUUCAUGUACAUCUUUGUGUUCCUCCUGCCCCGGUGUCUGAGCGCCUUCAUUUACGGAGUCAGGGAUCGGACCAUCAGAACCGCCCUGUUCUACAACGUCUGCUGUGGAAGAAACUGUGGAAGAAACUUCAAGAGCUCUCUCUUUAAAAGAAAACAACAACAGGCCUCACACUGA